UUAUAAUUAAUUGAAACGAAAGGAUGGCUUCAAAAGUAUUAAAAGAAAAACUUUUAUUAAACGGUAUUUUUGGUGUUUAUAAACAAAAAGGAUUUACUAUCGAUGACUACAAGACAUGGAUCAGACUAACACAUUAUCACGAAAGUCAGCUGUUGUCUGAUCGCAAGUCAUGGUCAGCACCGGGCGUUAUACUAGACCUAAACCCCCGAUAUAUGGAGCCGUUUACUAGCGGUGUUAUGUGUGUUGGUCUCGGCUAUUGGUCAACACGACUCACUCAACUAACUAAAUACUGGCCACACGAAUGGAUAGUAAGCGCCAAAUUGGGAACCGAAACACAAUAUUACUGUCCGGAUUCAACGAUUGUCCAAAAAUUAGCUUUCGAUCAUAUAAAUGAAAAUAAUUUAUUGGAAACGUUGAAGCAAUUUAUGGGAACAAUUAAACAGUUGAAUCCACCACCGAUUCCAUACUCUGAACCUCUAUUAGUAGGCAAAGAAACAAACGAAAGAACCAUAAAUACAGUGAUUAUGAAACCAAAGACUAGAAUAAAGCAAUGUUUUGUCAUUUCUUUAUUAGACUUCAAUCCACCGAAUAUUAAACUCAAAGUCAUAAGCGAUGGAUAUUUUUCGUGUCGACAAUUUAUUCACGAUUUAGGUCUUCAGCUCAAUAGCUGUGCCCAUCUGACUGAUCUAUGUCUUAACCAAAUGGGAAUCAUUACAGUUGAUGAUUGUCUUAAAAAAUAUGAAAUUCAUUUAAAACAAAUGGAAGAAGCGAUAGACAAAUAUUCUAAAAUUUUAUCUAAAGAUCUGAAAAAAUUUACUCAAUUAAAGCCCGAUAAUCGAAGAUUUAUCUAAUUAUUGAUUAUUAUUAAU